UGCAAGACUACAAUUACUUAGGAAUUAAAUCGUGUAAAUUUACAAUCGCACGCGUAUGAUAAGAAACGAUCGUUAUAUAUUGUCAUAUCGUUAUGAGUGAAACUGCGGAAACCCAAAUUAAGGACAGCGCGGUCUCUGUUAUAACUGAGCAGGAACGUACCUUGGCUCAGAAUGCGCUGUCAGAUUUCCAAAAAGGUUCCUACGCAUCAUGCUUGUCGCAUUUAAACAAGCUGGAAAGCCUCAGGCCUACGGAUCUCAAAGUUACGCACAACAAGGUUGUCGUGGAAUACUACAAGAGCGAUUUGAAGAAAACCGAAUUGAUGCGGAAAAGUUUGAACGCUAUAUGCGGUCAGAUAUCAACGACGGACUCCAGUGAGAUCAUCGAUGACGUGGAGAAGUGUGUGAUGAGGUAUAAUCAAGCUGUGCUGUUGUAUCAUACUAGACAAUAUAAUGCAGCGAUUCAAAUCAUGAACAGGCUCUUUGCUUUUAUAGAGCCAAUGGAAGAAACUCUAGCACACAAAGUUUGUUUGCUACUGAUCGAGUUAUAUAUAGUAACAGAGCAACCAGAUAUAGGCCUCUCAAUAUUGAAUUAUGUGGAGAGUCAGUUUGUAUCUAUUGACAAUUCUAAGAUAUCAACUGUUGACAAAGAUGGUGUGAUGAAGUCUGUGAAGGAUCAGAAAGAACAGAAGAAAGGUAUUAGUGAUACUGCGACAGAUGCGUUCAAGAUAAAACUCUUGAAAUAUAAAGCAAGAAUAUACCUUCUGACCCAUCAAUUGAAACUCUGCAAAAAAGAAUGGAAAACAUUAGUUUCACUGGGUACACCAGUGGUGAAUACAUCAACGAUUUUUUUGAAAGCUAAUCUGGAAUAUUUGCGGGGAAAUCACAGAAAGGCAAUGAAAUUGUUGAAUUCUGCAACCACAGAAAACUUAGAUUUUAAAUCGUGCGGGGAGUCUUUGGCCGUUUUAUAUUAUAACAAUAUGGCAUGUUUGCAUUUCGCAAUGGACAAGCCAAAUUUGGCUUGUUUUUAUCUGCGAAAAGCUCUUCAUGAAAAUAAAUGCGCGGUGGAAAGUGUGCAGGUUAAAGAUAUCGAUGCCUUAUCCUCUCAACCACUGUACACGCUUGGUAGCAAUAAACACUACGAGCUGAUGUACAGUUUGGGAGUAUCGUUAUUGUACGCUGGUCAAGCAUCAAAAGCCUUCGAUUGUUUCACGGAGGCGGCACAGAGGUUUCACAAUAAUCCUAAACUGUGGCUCAGAAUGGCGGAAUGCUGUAUCUAUUGUCACAAACAUUCAAAUGAAGUCGAUUUCAAAAUUUUACGACGACGCGAGGAUUUGGUGCAGAAAGUCGUAGGUUCUGGUAUCUACAGGAAAAUCAUACUAGCCACGUCCCUUUCGGAAAAAGUCAAUUAUCAUUCUGAGGGCUUGUCCUACGCGAUUCCACAGCCCACGUUGGAAUUCGGAUCCUUAUGUCUGAAGAAUGCGUUAUUUUUACUGCCGAACAACAGCGAGCCAAAUGUACCAGCGACAACUGCCACAAAUUCACAGACAGUAUCACUGUCGUUAACACCCGGUCACAACUUAGGUGUUCAGCAUAAUACAACGCCGAUGUCCCAGGCCACGGCUAUUGAAUCUUUUAAUUUAAAAAUCAGCGUGUUGGCCGCCAGCGCAUAUAUUUCUUUGUGUCUUGGAGAUUACACGCUUGCCCUCGAGCAUGCAAAGGCACUACUGAGCUUUAACAAAUUGCCCGGUGCAUACAGAAUGUUGGGUAAUUUAUACGCCGCCGAGAGCCUGAUAUUCAUGGACAAAAUCAGCGAAGCUCUCGAAUACCUAAAGCCCGAAAAUCUUCAAGAUUUAAAUACAUUUACGACCAUACCGGAAAUCCCCGAGAAGGAUAAAGAGAAAGCGGAGGAAGUCGUGACGAAGCCUAUAAAAACGUGGUAUCCUACAACAAUUUCUACGGGUGUUGCUGUGUUACGUUACAACUUGGCCGUGGCUUACGCCAUACGUGGUGAACUAGACAAAUCUGGAGAAACUUUGAAACAGGUAUGGGUGUCGAAACCGCAAGAUUGUGAUGUACCUAUACAAGUGAUCAUGUUGGCCUUGUACAUAGAGCUGCAAUUAGGUCGUGCAGACAUCUCUAAAUCAAUAAUAAAGCAGCACUGUGUUGAUGUUGAAGGGGCUGGCGGCGAUUGUGCUCGUGAGUUCUCUGAUUUAGCGCUUAACCGUUGCCCACGCGCGUCCCAGCGAGAGAUCCGUGCCGAGGAAGCGCUCGAGCGAGCAAAGAUGGAGUUGGAGAUGCAGCAGGAGUCGAAGGACGAAAUCGGCAGCUUGCCGUUCUCGCCCCCGCCUAUGAAGAAGUCCGAGACGAGGGACAGUAUCUCCUCGGUCGACAGCGAUGUGAGCCUCUCGUUCGACCGGAGAGGCUCCAAGGGCGAAGAGGCCGACCUGUCGGACUACGACAGCGAGAUCAAGCCCACGAAGGAGCAGACCGGCGUCGACCAGGAUUCGGGUGCUGACUCCUUGGACGACUCGACGCCGGCGGACGGUCGUGAACAGCAGACGCCGUCGGAAGUUCCCGUCUCUGAGAAGGGGGCGGACGACUUCGCGCCGCCGAGCGACGACCUGGCUGACAAGAUCUGCGCUCAGGUGGAGUUCUACUUCUCCGAUGAGAAUAUCGUGAAGGACGCGUUUCUGCUGAAGCACGUGAAGAGAAACAAGGAGGGCUACGUGUCCCUCAAGCUGAUCUCCAGCUUCAAGAGGGUGAAACACAUCAGCAGGGACUGGAGGGUCGUCGGCGCGGCCUUGGCGAGGUCCAAGAAGCUUGAGGUGAAUCCGCAAGGGACUAAGUUGCGCAGAGUAGAUCCUUUGCCGCCCUUCGACCAGACCGCGCCCUCCAGGACCAUUUUGGCGGCGAGGCUGCCGCUGGAGAAACUCACGGUCGAGUCGGUCGCCGAGAUCUUCAAGCCCUGCGGCGAAAUCGCGCUGAUCAGGGUGCUCAGGCCCGGGCAUCCCGCACCCGCUGAGGUGCGGCAGGCUAUCUCGAAGAAACCAGAGCUAGCAUCCAGCGAAGAGUGCGCUAUGGUCGAAUUCACGGACUCGAGUUCCGCGCGGAUCGCCAUGCAAAUGACGACCCUGGGUGACGCCAAGGUGUUCGAGCUGCAUCAGUCAGGCGACAAGAAGAGGAAGCACCAGCCUACGAAGAAGAACGUCAUCAACAGAGUGACGAAGGAGGACAACUACAACUCGUCCAGUUGUCCGAGCGGCUCCGAGCCGGAAGAUGGGAGAGCGAGGCACAAGAAAAGUGUCCAAGGAUAUCCGAUGUAUCAUAUCCACGCGGGUUAUCCUUUCCAGGCGGGGCCACCGUCACCAGAUGCGUGGUUAUCACGGAAGCUCUCCUCCUGCUCCAUAUCCAGCUCGGACAACGGUUUCAUGUUUCGGCGCUUGUCCUCCUGCUCCGGUUCCAGCUCGGACACUGGUAGACGUUACUCCACGUGCUCGUCCUCCGGCUCCGAAACAGCCUUCUUCCAUCCGGGCUACCCGAACAACUUCUAUCAUCAUGAGAAUCGCCGUUAUUCUUGCUGCUCUUCCACCGGUUCUCCCAUGGAAUGCGGGGGAGGUUGUUAUGUCACGAGUCGUCGCGGGUCGGCCGACUACGGGCCGUUGUUGAGACGAAUGUCAACGUGCAGCCGCGAUUCCAGCUACGACAUGAACAUCCGGAGAUUGUCCUUGUGCUCGUCGGGCUCCGAGCAAAAUGGAUUCUGUCAGUCAAGGAGCAACAGCGGCAUCGCGAUGACGCAUCUGCCCGAGAACGUGACGAGAAUGCCGUCAGGACCUGACGGCACUCGCGGCUUCUUCGGCCGCUCCGCGAGGAUGCCGGUGUCCAUAGAACCCACUUGUUGAAUAUCGCCGAAGGGCUCACAUCCUCCCGCCAAUCACGGAGAUAAUCCGAUUAUGUACUUAUUAAUAUCGAUACAUAUCAAUACUUGCUCGAACUUGGUGUUAUGUCGGGUUGAGUCACAGGUGACUCCCGACGAGGACGGUAACUCUCCUUAUCGGAGAAACACAGAGCCGAGAAGCCGCCACUCUUAUCAAUCGGGGACACGAGUCGUUACUCAUAAUGACGUCGACGCGUCGGAGUAGCCACUGUUAGCCUGAUUUAAUAUCUGCACAGAAAAAAAGUACUAGAUUCAAGUAAUUACUCUAAUAUUCCUUUUCACUCGGAUCAAGUAAUACUUGAUUCAAGUAAAAAAAGUUCCAAAUAAAUUAUCCAAGUAAAAUAUAUAUAUUUA